ACUUUGGCCAAAUGUUUGCUUUGUGACGCUCUCUGCGUGUAUAAUCGGGCCCGGCAGGGACAGAUAAAAGCGACAGAUAAAAGACUGGACUCCGCCCCCUCGGCGUCAUUCUAUCGAAGUAGCCGGCGUCACCGCUCUCUGCGCUCAGAUACACGGCGUGGCUCGGUGAGAGCUCUCACUCAACCCUGUACUUCAGAGCAGAGCACUUCUGAGAGCACUACCAUUAACUAUUACACCACCACAAGGCCAGUCUAUCAAUUAUUACCAUUCGAUUCCGUCCACGUCUUUUUUGUUUCCUUUCCUUCUUUGCACACACGAUUUCGCUCUUUAGAGGCAAACUGCUACGUUUUGUUUUGUUUUCGGUGUUAGGGAAGUAUUUGUCAAGUGCUGCUGGAGUUACUACCACCGUUUGACACUUCUUACGAUUUCUCUGGAGAGGACCGAAAAUAAAACCGUGAACUCCGAGCCCCCCCGUGUGGGAGAAGCAGAGGUGGGCGCGUCGAGACAGGAUCCCGAGCUGCCAGUGGGAUGGUAGAGGUCUGGGGGCGGGGCCAGGACUGACAGAAGGAGCAUGGUGAAGCACCAACCCCUGCAGGUCUAUGAGCGCCAGCUAUGUCUGUCAUGCCUUACCGGGAUCUACGGUUGCCGCUGGAAACGCUACCAACGUUCCCAUGACGACACAACCAAGUGGGAGCUGCUGUGGUCCCUGAUCCUUCUCUUCACCUUCUGCCUGCUGCUGUUCUGGUGCUACUUCUGGCUUGAGGCGCACAAUGACUACAAUGAGUUCAACUGGCUGCUGUACAACCGCUCGGGGGCCUGGAGCGACAGCACCGUGCCCAUCCUGGCCACCACCGCCGCCGGCUUCACCUAUAUUGCAUUUUUAAUGGUGUUGGCGCUUUGCCAUGUAGCGGUCGGACAGCAGUUAAAUCUGCAUUGGCUCCACAAGAUCGCCGUGAUUGUUGCGCUGCUGACCACCGUCGCCGGGCUAAUAGCUGUCAAUCAAGUGUGGGGGCAGGAGUGGGACGUGGUCCCCAUCUCCUUGCAGGCCACAGGUCCGUUCCUCCACAUCGGAGCUCUGGCUGCGGUCACAGCUCUCUCCUGGGUCGUAGCUGGACAGGUUGCUCGCGCAGAGAAGACAAGGGUCCAGGUGGUGGUCCUGCUGCUGUACCUCGGCGUGUUAUUGGGUCUCUACCUGGUCCCCCUCUCCAUCACCUCUCCCUGCAUCAUGGAGCGCAGCGAGCUCAAACCACGGCCAGACGUCAUCGGCCACCAGGGAGCUCCCAUGCUCGCUCCGGAGAACACACUGAUGUCCUUCCAGCGCGCAUUGCAAAUGAAUGUCACAGGGCUGGAGGCUGACGUAACCAUCAGUGUGGAUGGAGUGCCGUUCCUGAUGCGUGACCGCACGCUGCGCCGGACAACAGAUGUGGAGACGGUGUUCCCGGACAGGCACGCGGAGGACGCCUCGUUCUUUAACUGGACGGACCUCCGCCAGCUGAACGCCGGACAGUGGUUCUUGGAGGACGACCCCUUCUGGACGGUGCACACCCUCUCCGAGGGGGAGAAGCGGGAGAUGGCCAACCAGAGCGUAUGCAGCCUGGAGCAGCUGCUGGCGCUGGCCGCGCCCCGCAACCGCACGGUGGUCUUCCGGCUGCGCCGCCCCCCCGCCGGCCACCCCUGCCACCACAGCUGGAUCAACGACACGCUGGAGGCCGUCCGCUCUGCCCGAGUGCCGCUGAGCCUGGUGAUGUGGACGCCGGACGAGGACCGGGACCAAGUAAGGCGGAUGGCCCCCGAGCUGCUCCAGACGUCGCUACGGAAACAGAGCCCCCAGGCCCUCCACCAGCAGGGCGUCGGCAGGCUGCUGCUACGAUACAACCUCGCCAGCGCACAGGAUGUCCGAGAGUUCUCCCAGAGCAACGUGAGCCUGGCCCUGCACACAGUGAACGAGCCCUGGCUGUACUCGGUGUUGUGGUGCAGCGGGGUCCCGGCCGUCUCCUCCGACGCCCCCCACGUCCUCAAGAAGCUGCUCAGCCCCGUCUGGCUCCUGAGACCGGCGGAGUACUGCCUGAUCUGGGUAUCUGCAGACCUGGUCUCCUUUGCUGUAGUCAUAGGAAUCUUUAUAUUCCAGAAGUUCAGGAUGAGCGGUAUGCGCAGCUACAACCCGGAGCAGAUCAUGUUGAAGGCGGCAGGCAGGAGGUCCAGCCAAGACGUCAACAUCAUGAAGGAGAAGCUCAUCUUCUCUGAGGUCAGCAACGGCAUCGGCACCGCUGAUGAGCUGUACAUGGAGAACAGUUAUGACUACUACACCAACGAAGGCAUCACACAGUGAUUCCCAUUGGCUCACCUACAUCCACUGCAAGGAAACUCCUGCCUGUAUGAAAGGGAAUAUUAGAGAUGGGGGUGGGGGGCGGUACACAAACACAAAGUGACAAUGUAAGAUAACUUUCUUUUUCUUCCUUUCCUGAAGUCAUUUGAAUAGUUGUAAGUCUGGUCUCUUCCCUUGUGCUACUUAUUGACCUGCAGACCACUGCAUUUUCCGGGGAUGAUAUGGAAACUUCCCAUUUGCUGUGCAUACGUUGUGUAUAUAAGAUUUGUUCAUGCUCGUCUGAACUACAUAUUGUAAUGUGAGACUGUAAAGCACUUUUUAGUAUUGAAAAUAUUUAGCCAAAUCUUUGGCUUCCUUUGCUGGGUCGAGAUAUUUCAGGCGCGCCAUACGUUACCAAUGCCUGCUUUCCUAAACAUGGUUUUCUUUAGCUCUCUAUUAAUGAUUUUCUUGAAAGCGUGUUUUGGGAAAGCUGUCACUUUAUUUAACACACUGUAGUUGACAUUUUAAGUUUUAUCUGGCGACGAUGGCUUUGGUAGAGUUGUACACGAGAUGUCGACAAAGUAUGAGGCAACACAAGGAAAUGUUGCCUGAUGUUGACACACUGCUCUGCUGUGUGAUUAACACGACUAAACUUUAAUAUUUAUAUUUUGUUUUUUAAAGGACAAAAAUAUCGCCUUGCUGUUUACACGGUUCCUACCUGCUCGACCAAGUGAAAUGUUUUUCCCUGAGAGAGGGGUAUUUAAAUGAUGCCUCUAUUAUCCAUGCAUGGAUAGGGCUGACCUCACCAGGAGAUUAGUCGGAGCUGCGCUCCCUAAGAGACACUAAACGAAGUGAUGGAACAGUCUGAAGUUUGCUCUUUAUGGUGUCUUUUUAAGGUGCACGUGAAUGUGUUUGGACGUAUUUCUUUUUUUAAGAUGUGAGGGCCUACAAUGUAUUUGGUUGACUGACUGGGUGUUUGCAGUGUUGGUAUGAGUGUGUCGCUGUAUAAGUAGAUGGUAAAUUAUGCUCUGGCUAGGAGCAGCAUUUUAACGAUGUGACCAUGGUGUGUAACACACAUAGGACCAAUCGUCAUGGCCCUGGGAAGUCAAGAUGUCCGUACUUUGCUGGAAAGACUUGUUGAGGAUUGCAGUUAACCUACAGCAUGUUGUCAACUGAAGACAUUUAUGUUUGCUGAUGAUGGCGUGAAACAAAAUGUGAGUGCUUUUGGGCAAAUGAAGUGGGGUGUUUUUAUGUGAAAAGAAAUCUGUAAGCGGUUGAAGGGACAUUGCAUAACAACCGGCUGUGCAGGGUCAAUAAAGGGAUUGCCUUUUGUGUUAUUUUCUCUCUUUGGGUAGCCUAUUACUGUGCCUCAAAGGUUAACAUUAAAAGCUAAUUUGAAACAAGAGUUUCUGAGAAUUGUGUUCAUUUUGAGCCAUGUGUAGAAGAGCUGAUUUUUUUUGUUUGAGCUGAUUUUUAUAAUUAUUUAGCCAGGACGAUUUGGCUCGAAAAACUAUGGUAGAGGGUGCAUAAUGUAAAAAAUAUAUUUUUUCACAACAUUUUCAUCUUUACAUUUUAUGUGGAUCAUAUUAUAUAAAGGCAGGCCACUCCCAUUGGAAGUUUAAAAUAAAUUUGUAUUUUCAGAUAACUAACAUUAGUUUAUGAUUGUUGUUGUCUCAACCCACAGUUCACUUACCAUCCAAAAGGUUCAGUCAUGAGAAGUAAUUUUAAAUCAAGGAUUUGGGUAAAUAAAGACAAUAUAGUGAAUAGGCCACUCGUCUUGCAGUCAUUUUGAACUGGCCCUUGUUUUCACCAUAAGGGGUCGUGGUCCUUAUGACAGACAGGUGAAGUAAGCCUGGCUGAUGGGGUUAGCAGUAGCCUACCUGAGCAGGACUGAUGACCUAGCUGCCUCCGUGGAUUGAGGCUACAAUGGAUGGCUGCCAACAGGGAAAAACUAUCUCAUCAGAUGUCUGGAAGAUGGCGUCAGGGACUUUGGUUCUCCUUUACAAUCUACUUCCACACCAGCAAAUAGCUUCUAGUCACUUACAUUGCGCAGGCAGUUGAAUAGUGAUAAGGAAAGAGGAAAGCUAAUUUGCGGAAGCAUAUGACUCAGACUGUACAGUCAUAUUAAGACGGUAGAAGAGCUGCUACAGGACAGUAGGAAGUAUGUGCAAUACUUUCUGUUAAAAGGCUGUUCUACUUGCAUAGAAAAAAAUGUAGGAAAACAAACGAUGUAAAUAAACAUCACAGCAUUGGAAAAGUUGAUCUUGAAAGGCGUUGGCAGCCUGGUCAAUGCAAGCGAAUCGAGGGUUGAAAUUUUGGUGAAAUAUUGCUUUCAUUUUGACUUUUGAUCAAUCAAAUUUCUCUCAAACUAUAAUUAGCCUUAAAUCAUCAGUUCAAAGCUGGUUAGAUUUAAAAAUGUGGCUUGUAUCAACAUUCUAGGAUGAAUACAUUAAUUAUUAAUCUACGCUUGGAUUUUAUGUAGGCCUACUGCAUCAACUAGUUUUGCCAACCCUUUCAACAAAGCCCUAUAUAAGAAAUCAAGUCAUCUGAAGUGGAUGUUUAAAGUUACACAACUUUAAUGGACUAAAAUAAAUACGUUUGCUCUUUAAAGUAUCAGUUGUAAAUUUCCCUUUACGAUAGGACUAAAAAAAAUAAAUCCUUAUGAAAAUAGUUAUUUAUUAUACUCUUCAGUAAGAAUAAACACACAUCUUCCUAUUUACAUAGUCAUCCGAUGUAUCAGUAUAUUUAUCAGUACGAAAGUGAGGCAGCGUGAGGCCUAAUGUUAAUCUUACGUAAUUAGAAUACGUUUCGGAAUGAGAUUUGAAUGAAAUUCUAAAAGCGGCAGGCAUAUACAGUUUAUCGUUUCCUUGGGAAACAUACAGACCGUGGCUAGGACUAUAUGUCAACACGUUCCUUGAUAAUGUACAUAUUGAAAUAAUUCAACCUAAUCACAUCAAAGUACGAACAUGUAUAGCAACACAAUGUCAUGGCAUUAACACAUUUCCACAAGCGUUUCCUAGGCAACACGAAAACUGCAUGUAGCCCAUUGGGCCAUUGGAAAUGGAGAGAAUAUAAUAAGCCGGAACAUGGCAGAGGUGGGCCUUCAAAGUGGCUUGCUGAGGUUGGACCUUUCACGUUGCUAGAAGUGAGCUCUUUGGAGAAAAAUAAAUAUACUAAAUCUGACUGGCGGAGCUCCAACAUCAUAUUCUGACAUGAUGAUGAAUCAUGUCAAAGCAGAGCAGUUUCCCAGCAGCUGAUUGGCCAAUCUAUACGGACAACUCAAUCUGCAAAAAAACAUACAUUGGAAUGACAAGCUGCUGAAUGCUCCAAUGUAGAACAUAUUAAGUAGGCUCCUAUAAGUUACUUAAUGUGUUGUUGAUGAGGUCUUGAGAAACCGUUGUCUUUGCAGUAGUCCUAGCAAUUACACUGUCAUCUUUUGUCCCAAUAACCUGCUGUGGAACCUAAUGCCAGUGUUUAUGUCUUUGUUACACAUCAGCCUUUUGUCUUCAUUAACAGGCCAUAUGAAGAAGCACGAGCCUGUGGCACAUCACUCCUACAGUAAACACUAUGGUAGCACUCAGAAAAGGCACGCACAUUGGGUCAACAUCGGUUGGAAAAGUAAGGGAGUGGGAAGUAUCGCCAUACGUAAAGCGCUCACAGGCCCAUUCAAAUGUGCAAAUAAAUAAAUAAAUAAUAUUUAAAGUUCUGGAUGAACUGGCUGAUUUACAAUGUAUAAUAAUAUCUAUAUGUAAAGGAUCGGUCCCUGAAUGGCACACUAUCAGAAAUGCCAUGCAAAAAAUCAUGAUAACAUUCCAGCUAAAUGUAAAGAUGGCAUCUCAUUGCAUUGACGAGAAACAUGUACAAUAAAGCAAUCUGUCACUAGAAAACAUCCAAAAUUAACACCUAUUACUAUCAGAAGCAUGAACCAGUGACAUUGGUAACAAAUGAUGUUGAUACAUGUUAACAAAUAAUUAAAAACUAUGUUUUUCACAAAUCCACGUAUAGCUGUUUAAACAACAUCCUAUAGAUAUCUCCAUAAGCGACUGGUUCUUCUUGCCCUAACCAAUGAUUCUGGUGACCCAACAGCAUUCAUCCAUUGUGCACCUUCACCAGAGACUACACCUGCCUAAUUUCAGAAGCAUUGCACUUUAAAGUAUUCAGUCGUAUUCCUCGGGUACCCUCUAUGUCAUGGUUUUAGGCUGAGAGCUGGGGGCCUCUAUCCGUGACUAGUUGAAAUUGACCUUGCGCAGGUGUCUGUUUGGGAUUUCUAUGGCGCUGACUUGCAAGGGCCAGGAACCUCCCAUGAUGCCCGCCUGGA